AUGGAUAAGAAUGAUCAAUCUUACACACUCAAACACAGAGAGACUCAGGCCUCGUAUAGAAGGUUGAGAUCGUUUACAGGACAGGCUAUCAAAGAGAGACAGUUAGACUUGACUGACAGAAUCCAUGCAGAGGGAUCCUCAUCCUCGGCAGCUACACAGGUACACGCACCUGCACCGGAAUUAGCACAACCCUAUCGCGAACCUGGUUGGAUAUUUCGACCCAAUGAUUUUGAGAUGGUUAAAUAUUUUCUUCCUUGGAAAUCUUCUAAUCAACAAAUACCAUAUUAUCCAAUACAAGAAGCAAAUAUAUAUCACUGUGAUCCUUUCAAACUCUUAGACGAUUACAGGGAACAUGCCGUAGAUGGAAAAGAUUGGUACUUUUUCACAACUAGAGAAAGAAAAUAUCCAAAUGGGGACCGACCAAGACGCGAUACCGACGGUGGUAUGGGAUAUUGGAGAGCUGCCGGGGAAUUUCAUAAUAUUCUUGAUACAGAUGGAGAAACUCAGAUUGGUGUUAAAUAUACACUAGAUUAUUACAUAGGGAAGCAAAGUGAUACCAAUCCAGUAAAAACUAAUAUCAAAAUGCAUGAGUAUGUCCUGGAAACAAAAGAUAACAGUCAUGCUGAAACUAGAAAGAGAAAUAAGGAGUCUAAAGAUGGCAAUAACAAGAAGAGGAAGAAAGUCGACGAAAAAAGUCCAAAGCCGUUUCAUGCGCUGGCACUGUGUAAGAUUUAUAUUAAUAGCAGCGAGUUGCAAGAACCUGCAGAGGUAGAAGCAAAUCCAGAACCAAACAUAGAAGCGAAUCCAGAACCGCCCAUCGUCAAUAUAGAUUCUGCUGCUGGCCCUGCUGGUGAUGAAAUUUUUAUAGAUAUCAAUGAAUUAUUUCCAGAAUAUGGGAUGGAAUUACCAGUUCCACAACCCGACCUUGAUCAGGUCAUGACGUGGAUUCGGGGCAUAGCCCCUGCUUGCUUUGCCAAUGAUAACCCUAGUAAGAAGGCCUCGUAUUCUUCCAAGUUGUUAUCGCAGUGGAAAUCCAGUUUGAAUCAAUGUGAGAAGACUUCAACGGAUGGGGAUACUAAUAGCACGCCCGCUCCACCAAUAUCAUUGCUAGGAGUGGCAGAUCCAUCAAAGUACAUAAACCAUAUUUCUUCUUUAAUAAUCGAAAUUUCUGGAAACUCACCUGGCACGUCUUCAAGUAGCAUUGUGAUGUCUUCCCCUGGAAAGGCAGUGAGUCUCCCUAUCAAAGCCGGUUUUGAUAGUAAAAAGUUAUGGGAUCAGCUUUAG